AUGGAGUAUUAUCGGACGCAGCCUAAGCAUGAGCCAAAGUCGGAUCCCAAACCGAACCCAAAGCGGCAGCCCAAACCGGAGCCCAAGCAGGAGCCUAAGCAUGAUCCAAAGACAGAGCCAAAGUCGGAGCCCAAGUCGGAGCCCAAGCGAGAGCCCAAGCAGGAGCCCAGAACCGGACCGGAGCCCAAGCAGGAGCCUAGGCAUGAUCCAAAGUCAGAGCCAAAGUCGGAGCCCAAGCGAGAGCUCAAGCAGGAGCUCAAGCAGGAGCCCAAACCGGACCGGAGCCCAAGCACGGGCCAAAGCAUGAUCCAAAGUCAGAGCCAAAGUCGGAGCCCAAGUCGGAGCCCAAGCAGGAGCCCAAAACAGGAACCCAAUCAGGAGCCCAAAAGCAUGAGCCCAAGCAGGAGCCCAAACCGGAGCCUAACCGGAGCCCAAGCAGGAGCCUAA